CUGACUGCCUUGAGUGUGCGCGCCCGGAGCCCGAUUAACUCAAGCCACGUGUUGACGCUCUAACUAAAUUAAGCUCCAAUAAAAUUAAAUUAAACACUCAAGUCGCGUUCAAUUGUCAGUUGGAGUGUGAAAAACACGAAUUUGACAGGAAAUGGCAGACUACGUAAUAGGGGAUUUAAAACCAGCUGAUUUACCAGUGCCAGAGGAUGGCCUAUCAGCAGCGCAAAUGUUCAACGGUGGUGAGGGUCUCACCUACAAUGACUUUAUCAUUUUACCUGGAUACAUAGACUUUACUGCUGAGGAGGUGGAACUUGUGUCACCUUUGACGAGACAAAUCACCCUGAAGGCACCCUUGGUCUCGUCUCCGAUGGACACGGUGACCGAGUCCGACAUGGCUAUUGCCAUGGCGUUGUCAGGCGGCAUUGGGAUCAUACACCACAAUUGUACUCCGGAGUAUCAGGCCGCUGAAGUGCAUAAGGUAAAAAAAUAUAAACACGGUUUCAUCAGAGACCCAGUGGUCCUCUCUCCCAACCACACAGUGCGUGAUGUCAUCAACGUAAAAGCUGAGCACGGUUUCUCAGGAGUACCCAUAACAGAAAAUGGAAAGAUUGGUGGUAAACUGGUUGGAAUAGUCACCUCCAGAGACAUCGACUUCCUCGAGGACAGUCCCAGCCAGGGAAACCUCAAGCUCAGCACGAUAAUGACCCAAACGGAGAACCUUGUGACAGCAAAAUCUCGCGUAACCCUGCAGGAGGCAAACUCCAUCCUCGAGAAAUCAAAAAAAGGAAAGCUCCCCAUUGUCAACGACAAAGGUGAGCUAGUGUCCCUCAUGGCGAGGACUGAUUUAAAGAAAAAUAGAAGCUAUCCCAGUGCCAGUAAAGACGAGAACAAGCAGCUGCUGGUGGGAGCUGCAAUUGGCACGAGAAUGGCAGACCGAGAGAGAUUAAAACUCCUAGCAUCAGCAGGAGUUGAUGUCGUUGUUUUGGACUCGUCCCAGGGCAAUUCUAUUUAUCAGAUAGAGAUGAUUAAAUUCAUCAAAUCGGAAUUUCCAGAGCUACAGGUGAUUGCUGGCAACGUUGUUACCACGAUGCAGGCGAAGAACUUGAUUGAAGCUGGAGCCGAUGGUUUGAGGGUUGGAAUGGGCUCGGGCUCAAUCUGCAUCACCCAGGAGGUGAUGGCUGUUGGAAGACCACAGGCAACAGCUGUCUACAAAGUUGCAGAGUACGCCAGGAGAUUUGGUAUUCCAAUCAUUGCUGAUGGGGGUAUUCAAUCAAUAGGACAUAUCAUUAAGGCCCUCAGUCUUGGUGCAAGCACAGUGAUGAUGGGCUCCUUGCUUGCUGGCACUUCUGAAGCACCUGGCGAGUACUUCUUCAGUGAUGGAGUUCGUCUGAAAAAGUACAGGGGCAUGGGAUCACUCGAGGCCAUGGACAGAAAGGAUGCCAAGGGCUCGGCCAUGGACCGAUACUUUCACAAUGAAAUGGAUAAGAUGAAGGUUGCACAGGGCGUCAGUGGAUCAAUUGUCGACAAGGGCAGCGUACUCAAGUUCUUACCCUAUUUGCAAUGCGGUAUCAAGCAUGGAUGCCAGGAUAUUGGAGCUAAGUCUGUCUCAUCGCUUAGAGCGUUAACUUACAGUGGAGAAUUAAGGUUCGAGAGACGAUCUCCAUCGGCCCAGCAAGAGGGCAAUGUUCACAGUCUCUUCUCCUACGAGAAGAGGCUCUACUAAAUAUCAGAAUUAGUUUCUACAACUCUCUUCUCCGUGUAUUAUAAUUUUUUUUAUUCCAAUUUUGACCGUACCUGCAUUUCUACCAAAUCGCCAGAUUGGUAGGUUUGGUGACUUGAUUCAAUAGGAUUUUUCUGUUCAAAUGGAAUCUUGCAUCCAAAUUCCCUCGCAUAAUAGAAAGCAUUGCGUUUUUUCCGAAAAAUUGGCAAAUCAAUGGAAUCAUGAUUUUGCAGAAGUAUCUGCUUUUUAAAAUACGGUUUACACAAAUUAAUUCAACUGUCGUCCAGAUUAUGGGUCUUUCGAUAUUUUUGAGGAAUUUAUUGUGUCAAACUUUAGGUACCACUAUGACAUUUUUUUGAUAUUUUAUGAUGAUAUGAAUUUGUUGAAAUAUUUUGGAAGUAAUUGUCGAUAUGAUUGACGAUGAUUUUUUUAACAACUACGAAUAUUACAAUUCACAAGUGGAAAAUCUGAAUUUGUAAAUGUCUAGUGGAUAUAUUUUAAAAUAAAACAUUGUAUCAAAUAGGAAUGGCCACGAAUAAAUUAAUAUUGUACAUUA